AUGAACGCUAGUGGCCCUGGCUAUCCGUUAGCGUCUCUCUACGUGGGAGACCUCCACCCGGAUGUGACCGAAGCCAUGCUCUACGAGAAGUUCUCGCCUGCUGGGCCCAUCAUGUCCAUCCGAGUCUGUCGGGAUGUUGCCACACGCCGAUCACUGGGCUAUGCCUACAUAAACUUCCAGCAGCCUGUGGAUGCUGAGCGAGCCCUGGACACCAUGAACUUUGAAGUGAUCAAAGGCCGUCCCAUCCGCAUCAUGUGGUCCCAGCGGGACCCCGGGCUCAGGAAGUCGGGGGUUGGAAACGUCUUCAUCAAGAACCUGGACGACUCCAUUGAUAACAAAGCCCUAUACGACACUUUCUCUGCCUUCGGAAACAUCCUGUCGUGCAAGGUGGUCUGUGAUGAAAACGGAUCCCGUGGCUAUGGCUUUGUUCACUUUGAGACUCACGAGGCAGCGACUCGGGCCAUCGAGACCAUGAAUGGGAUGUUGCUCAACGACCGGAAGGUAUUUGUUGGCCAUUUCAAAUCCCGCAAAGAGCGUGAGGCAGAGUUUGGGGCUAGGGCGAUGGAGUUCACCAACGUCUACAUCAAAAACUUUGGGGAUGACAUGGAUGAUGACAGACUGCAGGAAAUAUUCUCCAAGUUUGGCGGUGGCCGACAUGAACGGGAAGGAGAUCAACGGGCGGAUAGUGUACGUGGGCCGAGCCCAGAAGCGGCUGGAGCGCCAGAGUGAGCUGAAGCGGAAAUUUGAGCAGAUCAAGCAGGAGCGAGUGAGCAGGUACCAGGGGGUCAACCUGUACGUGAAGAACCUGGAUGACGGGAUAGAUGAUGAGAGGCUGAGGAAGGAGUUCUCUCCUUAUGGCAC